AUGGAGUUGAUGUCAGCCACAGAUGGCAAGCAUCCCGCUGUUCAACGGCCAAGGAAUUGGUUCGCGUCCUGGAGGGCUUGCUCGAAGAACCGGUCCAAGAAUGCAAACGACGUAUCAUCCUCUGCACGCGCAUGUUACAUGCUACAUGGCAUGCUGGUCAUCAUACACAUCGUCCUUGUUAUCUUUUAUGCCCGUCACUGGGAACACCGUGUGAUCAUCUCAAUCACAUCGACGAACAACGAUUUAUGGCCUGUGGUGCUGAGUGCUUCACUGCAAGGAUUCUAUACUAUCUACACGGCUGUCUUACUCUUCCUUACUCAACGGCUUGCGGUUUCGAGAACACUUGUACGCCGUCUGAAAUUGACCGCGAUUCACGACAUUUCUGGCGCAUGGGCGGGCCUCGGCUCUGCACUCAGCAGCGUCUGGCGACAAACUGACAUCCCUGCCUCGUUGUGGACGACUGCUGGCGUGACAGCCUACCUUGUGAGCAUGUCCGUGUUGCAUGUCACCUCUUCCACUCUCCUACAAUUUCAACCGUUCAAUGCUUCUAUGGCAACUUCUGUGCCAACAACACUAGGAUGGCUAUAUGACCUAUCACUUAAUUCUGGCGCAAACUGGGGUUCCAUUACCGCAUCUCUACCAAUUAUCAAUCAAUUGUCUGGCAUGGUCACUCCGGGGUUAUCCAAUACUACAGUCUACGACACGCUCAAAACAAGCUCCAUAACCGGAAAUGCAACUGUGAAUGCAACGACGAUAACCUCCUCGCAUUGCGGAUUGCUUUCCAAUGUCACAUACUCUGCUAAUAUGAGCAUGGCCAGCGUACUGUUUAGCACGAAUGGUGAAAAUUAUAAUCUCACAAUGGGUGCGAGCCCUCCUUGGUCAGACCAGAUACAAAUUCUACGAUGGAGUGCUUUUGAAACUCUCGGUCCUUCCACGCUUGAUGAUUUUUAUAUACUGCCUACUGUCUUACUCAUGGUUUCUACAUUAUUAGAGAUCGAGCCCUCAGUACAAGAGGCGGUUGCUGUAAACAUGACUUGGGAAUAUUACAAUUACACCACCGACACUGACAUUCCGUAUGGCAUUCAGGUCUAUUUUGUGCAAUGCUCGCUGUUAGCCAACACUGCAGACGGGGUGGUCGACAUACAAACCAACAAUUUACUGAAUCCAGCGCCCAUCUGGCAGCCAUCCACGCAAUGGGAGAUAUAUCAGUGGACGAAUGUUAGUGGUUGGGCAGCAGAAAUCGGCAUGGCUUUAUCUACCCCUGUCAGUAGCGGGUAUUCAUUUGGAGAACAAUUUCUACAUCCCACCCAACCCUCUAUUGCGGAUGAGUAUAUUAUGUCAUUGGUGGGCUUGAAUCUCACCGCUGAAGAAUUACAAUCCGGAUACUAUCUUCCUACUGCCACUUUCGUUUUGAGACCGGAUAUAUUAGAACUGGCUGUUGCGAAAGCAGCUGCACAACUCAUUUGGAUAGCGGGACGGAUCGGCGCAUCUCAUGGAGGAUUUCAGCCUGGCAACGGGAUGGCCAAUGUCGACGAGGAGUAUAUUGCCCUCCGCCUCAAUAUCAACCUUCUUCCUUUGUGUUUUGCGGUAUCUGCAUCGGUGAUAAUGUUGGGACUGGCGCUACGCAUGACAAGAGCAUUCGAUGCAUCGCAUUCCAGUCAGGCUGCCAUUCCUAACAUAGGCAUACUACAACUCUUGUGGUUGGGUCAUCGUUCAGCCUCAAUCAAUGAAGUCCUGGAAGAUGUGGAGCACCCGACAGAGGCUAAUCUGCGCCGAGCAGGCAUGGUAGAUGUUUGUUUUUCAAAUACGAUACCCGGCGAACAAGAGUUUGGGAGUUCAAUUGAUAGUCUCACUAGUGAAGUUGACCACGGUCAUGACGAUGAGAUGUGA